AGAGAGAGAGAGAGAAUUUCGAAUCAACAGUUGUGCAUAAUUCUUGAAUAGGAACAGUUCAACCAACUGAGAACAAACAACGAACAGCUACUUGAUCAUCGCAACAGGGGCUCGCCUUUAUGAGUUUGUGUUUCCUGUUUUUCUUUUGGGCGCACGCAGUACCGCAAGAUCCAUUCAUGCAGUGAGUCCGGACACAAACCAUGAUAUCCCGCAGUCGAACCACUAAUCCAUCCUCAAACGUUUGGCUUCCCAGACCUCAUCGGGCGGAACUGUUUUCGCACACGCGACCCUACGUGCGUUUGGCGGAUCGUGUUCGCGUCUCCAUCGUCCCCAAGUGCGCACGGUCAGACUGCUCACCCGCGCUCUGCACAUCACCAAGUCGCACGCAGCUGGCACUGAUCGCCCUCACUAGAGCUGUGCGCUCACUCCCAACAGGUUGCUGAUCCAAAGAGCCAAAAGAGGGGAAUAGGUUGCAGACCGGUCUAGUCUGGGAGAUUCACUGUUGGGAUCUUAUACUUUUAGUUGAUUUCUCAUCCCUUCCUCUUGUGUGUUUGUGCGUUGAUGCUGAAUACAAAACGGACCACUAUCUAGUCUGUUGUUUUUUUUCACCAUAUCCUCAUUCCGCAUGGAGGUCGUGACCAACAUUGUCGUGGAGUGGAUGACAGAAGAACUAAUGAUGGAUACAAACACAUCCUAAAUACAAACUAAAAAACACAGGACCGAACGGAUUAGCAACGCAGAGCGCCGCGGAUACACCUUCUAUGUCUCCAAUUUGGGCUUCAGGUCUCCUGCCUUGCGGCGGCAGGUGCAGAGGUAGCAGCGCCCAGGAGGGCUGAGGGGGAGACGAGAUGUCCCAGCUGUACUACCGGAGGACCGACAACUCCUCGUACCGCGACCGCAUCCCCCUGCGGAUAGUGCGGUCCGAGUCGGAGCUGUCCCCGCUGGAGAAGGCCUACCUGGGCGCCGUGGAGAAGGGCGACUACGCCAGCGUCAAACAGGCCCUGGAGGAGGCAGAGAUCUACUUCAAGAUCAACAUCAACUGCAUCGACCCGCUGGGCCGCACGGCGCUGCUGAUCGCCAUCGAGAACGAGAACCUGGAGAUCAUCGAGCUGGUGCUGAGCUUCAACGUGUACGUGGGCGACGCCCUGCUGCACGCCAUCCGCAAGGAGGUGGUGGGCGCCGUGGAGCUGCUGCUCAACCACAAGAAGCCCAGCGGCGGCAUGCAGGUUCCUCCCAUCCUAUUGGACAAGCAGUUCUCUGACUUCACUCCUGACAUCACUCCAAUCAUUCUGGCCGCUCACACCAACAACUACGAGAUCAUCAAGCUGCUGGUGCAGAAGGGCGUGUCCGUGCCCCAGCCUCACGAGGUACGCUGUAACUGCGUGGAGUGCGUGUCGAGCUCCGACGUGGACAGCCUGCGACACUCUCGCUCCCGCCUCAACAUCUACCGGGCUCUGUCCAGCCCGUCGCUGAUCGCCCUGUCCAGUGAGGACCCCUUCCUCACCGCCUUCAGGCUGAGCUGGGAACUGCAGGAGCUCUCCAAGGUGGAGAACGAGUUCAAGUCCGAGUACGAGGAGCUGUCCCAGCAGUGUAAGCAGUUUGCUAAAGACCUGCUGGACCAGACCAGAAGCUCCAGAGAGCUGGAGAUGGUCCUCAACUACAGAGACAACGUCAACCUGCUGGAAGAGGAGAGCAACAACGAUCUGGCCCGGCUCAAACUGGCCAUCAAGUACCACCAGAAAGAGUUCGUGGCGCAGCCCAACUGCCAGCAGCUGCUGGCGUCGCGGUGGUACGACGAGUUCCCGGGCUGGCGCCGGCGCCACUGGGCGGGAAAGUUCCUCACCUGCGUCUUCAUCGGCCUGCUGUUCCCCGUCUUCGCCAUCUGCUACCUCUUCGCCCCCAAGAGCCGCUACGGCCUCUUCAUCCGCAAGCCCUUCAUCAAGUUCAUCUGCCACACGGCGUCCUACCUGGCCUUCCUCUUCCUGCUGCUGCUGGCCUCGCAGCACGUGGUCAGCACCGAGCCCGACCGCCAGGGCCCGCCGCCCACCCCCGUGGAGUGGAUGAUCCUGCCCUGGGUCCUGGGAUUCGUCUGGACAGAGAUCAAGCAGAUGUGGGACGGCGGCUUCCAGGACUACAUCCAUGACUGGUGGAACCUCAUGGACUUCGUCAUGAACUCCCUCUACCUGGCAACCAUCUCGCUGAAGAUCGUAGCCUACACCAAGUACAGCGGCUGUAAGCCCCGCCACCUGUGGGAGAUGUGGCACCCCACCCUGGUGGCCGAGGCCGUGUUCGCCAUCGCCAACAUCUUCAGCUCGCUGCGGCUCAUCUCCCUGUUCACGGCCAACUCCCACCUGGGCCCGCUGCAGAUCUCCCUGGGACGAAUGCUGCUGGACAUCCUCAAGUUCCUCUUCAUCUACUGCCUGGUCCUGCUGGCGUUUGCAAACGGGCUGAACCAGCUGUACUUCUACUACGAGACCAAGGCGGCCGAGGGGAAGUGUAAGGGCAUCCGCUGCGUGGAGCAGAACAACGCCUUCUCCACGUUAUUUGAGACUCUGCAGUCUCUGUUCUGGUCCAUCUUCGGCCUGAUCAACCUGUACGUCACCAACGUGGACGCCGACCACCAGUUCACCGAGUUCGUGGGCGCCACCAUGUUCGGCACCUACAACAUCAUCUCACUGGUGGUGCUCCUCAACAUGCUCAUCGCCAUGAUGAACAACUCCUACCAGCACAUCGCCGACCAUGCAGACAUCGAGUGGAAGUUCGCCCGGACCAAGCUGUGGAUGAGCUACUUUGAGGAGGGGGGCACCCUGCCCUCCCCCUUCAACAUCAUCCCCAGCCCCAAGUCGGCCUGGUACCUCACCUGCUGGAUCAAGAGACAGGUGUGCAAGAGGACCCGCUCCCAACGCCCCAAGACCUUCGGGACCCUGGGGGACCUCAGGAGGCAAACGCAACGGAGAAUCACCGUGCAGGCUCUCGUUCGGAGGCGGGCAGCGGAGAACCUGAGGAUCAACCACCAGUACCAGGAGGUUCUGAGGAACUUGGUGAAGCGCUACGUCGCCGCCAUGAUCAGAGACGCCAAGACAGAGGAAGGCUUGACGGAGGAGAACUUCAAGGAGCUGAAGCAGGACAUCUCCAGCUUCCGCUACGAGGUGAUGGGCAUGAUGAAGUCGGGGAAGUCCGCCCUGCCGGGGGCCAAGGCCAGCGGCAGCCCCGGGGAGUCGGCGCUGGCCUACCCCAACGCCGCCCUGAAGGUGACCGCCCCUUCCGCAACGGCGGCGGCGGCGGCGGGCGGCAAGGCCAAGAGCAAGCUCAACCUGUUCCGGGUCACGGCCGCCAUCCUGAAGCGGGGCGGCGGCGGCGGGGGGCCCACGCCGGCCCCCCCCCUGCCGCCGGGGCCCUUCAACGGGCUGCCCAACGGCCUCCCGCCCACCGGGGCGCCGGGCGAGAGCUCCGACGCCGCAGACGAGAAGGCGGGCCAGAGGCAGAACUUCCCCCGGGACACCGGCGAGUUCAGCCUGUUCCACCGACGCCUGGCGGGCUCGGCGGGCGCCGCGGCCGGGGUCGCCCUGAACAUGUACUCUUUACCGGAGGCAGCCGGGGAUCCUGGGAAGGCGGAGCAGGAGGCCUGCGAGGCCCGGCAGCCGGAGGGGCACGGGGGGGGGCGGCGGGGGAGGGGGAGCGCGGACCGCAGGAAGGAGGACGGGGAGUGCGGCGGAGGGACGUCCUGGGCCGGAAUGAAGCUGGACCGGGAGGAGGAGGAGGGGGAGGGGGAGGGGGAGAAGGCGAUAGAGCUGGAGGAGAGGGAGAGCUUCCUGGGCGGGGAGACGGCGGAGGAUGACUACGGACUGCGGGCCGUGCAGACGGGACACUCGGGAGCGGAGGAGGAGGGGCCCUGAGUGUGGGUGGACGUCAAACCAAACCACACAUCAGAAGACAGACACCAGAGGACGGACAAUCAAAGAAGGGAUUACUUGGUCUUUUAGGUAUUCUUUUGUUCUCGCGUUUUGAUUGUCGGCAAAUAAUUGAAAGGUUUUCCAUUCAUAGGGGAACUUUAGAUCAGCUUUGAUCGCUCAAGGCUCAGGGAGGCUUUUCAUUUGGAACAGCCUCCAGCGGUCUCCAUACCGCUGUCAGAGAUCGGACUAACCUUGAUCAUGCUAGGAUCAUAUGGACGCGGGGAUUGUGUCAUUGGUUUCCAUCAGUGGGGGGGUCAAAAUAUAGUUCCAGAUUUUGCUAUUUUCUACUGGAUGUUCUUUACCUUUUAUCUGUCUUAUCUGCUUACCUUCUCUGGUUUUCUGUCUCUCUCUCUCUCUCUCUCUCUCUCUCUCUCUCUCUCUCUCUCUCUCUCUGAAUCUCUCUCUCUCGCUCUCUCUCUCUCUCUCCUUCUCUCCUUCUAUCUAUCCAUUCUAUGUUCCUUUUUCUCUCUCUAGGGAGUGUUCCAAUCGGUCUCCAUUUCUGCCUCUGUCUCUUUCUCUUCAUCUCCAGAACCCCAGCCAAUGUUAACCUCUCAGUGUUCCCCAUUUUGGCAUUGUUUAAAAAAAGAUACGCAAUAGACAUUGUAUUUUGA